AUGUCGACAUCAAAGAACAAUAACAUCAAUGCUAAUAAUACCAACGAAGCGGACAUAAUCUUCAACCGCGCCAACGUCGCUCUGGCCCGGAGCCAGCGACUGGUCGCGUCAUGGCUGCCCCCGAAGACGGACGAGGAAUUGGCCAAUUCCAACAAGACGGAAGAGGAGCUGCAGAGGGAGGAAGAUGAACUGUUCACGCCGGUCCCGGAGAAGCUCGGUCUAGGUGCGCCUCUACCGCAGCAAGGCGCUGCGGACGGAAGCUGGAACCGCACAGAGCUCAGCUCCAACGACAAACUUCGCCAGCAGCUGCUGGGGAAGAACUAUCGCAAGAAGAUGCAAUCGGAUUCUGCCACUACUACCAAGGACAAUAGCAACAAUAUCAACAAGCGCCGCCCAGACGUCGUCGGUGCAACAUCCAAAGCCGCCGGUACUACGACUACUGCUGCUGCUGCUAGUGACGAUGAGGAGGAGGAGCAGGGACGAUCCGCAUUGGGAAGAAGCAAGAAAACGAGCACAGACGAGAGAAAACCAGCAACGGAGGCCGUCUCUGCUGACGAGAAGAACAAGGAUAACAAUGCCACUAAAGAUGAGAAUGAUGAUGGUAAUGAUGAUGACGAUGCUGGCAAGUCAGCAUCCAAGCGAGGAUUGGCCGCAUCUUCUUCCAAGGGGAAGAGGGCUGGAACUUUCCUCGACGAAUUACUAUCCGAUAGGUCCAGGAAGAAACGAAAAGGACAGAAAUAA